AUGGGAACGGAGCUACUUGUUCGCGAGAAACAUUAUGCUUGGAAUAUUGAAAAAGCUGCCGGUGCUAAGUAUGGGUGGUACAAAGCCGCAGAAUUGAGCAUUGAGAAACCGUUAAUUGUGGGAGAACUCUUGGACCAGGGGUUGGACUACAUUGAAGUUCCUGGAUAUGGCUGGUUCCUCGAACAUUUGUCUGGACAUGGAGAUGUUUACUAUUAUGCCUACGACUGGCGUCAUCGUGUCCAAUAUCACGUAGCGCCCUGUGCCAAAGGCAUUCUAGCAUUGAGUGAAAGUAACCCCGGCCGGCGCCUCAUUCUUAUUGGGCAUUCGAUGGGAGGACUCAUAUGUAGGAAGGCACUCGCAAUGUACGACGGGGUAGAAGGGGCCGUCAACAACUUUGUGCCUCUCGGCGUGCCUGUUGGAGGCUCAACUAUGGCCGUGGAGCGGGCUUACAACGGAUUUGGCUGGUGGCUCCCUAACCGACGCAAGCUUACCAAAGUGCUGCAACAGUUUGGCUCCAUCAUGGACGAUCUCUGGCCUACAUACCCGUGGUUGCGUGAACAUGGAAAGACUGGUCUUGUAGAGAGGCGUCCACCUGACAAACCAACACGACCUCCUCCGGCGUACGCAUUGUCUUUUGCGUGGAAACAAUACAUUUCUCGCCAUCACCAUGGUGUGCAUGUAAAGGGCCAUAAUGUCGAGACAGCCGCCGUAAACCUCCACGAGCUCGCUACAGAGGCAGAUUUUCGGGCCAAAACGGUGGGAUAUCAUUGUGAUAAGAUCCAGACGCCACAUACCAUGGAGGAGAGGUCGAAAUCUGCGCAAACGGUGCUUGGAAGGUACAAACUUUUGGAAGAUGGGCAUAAAGACGGGGAUGGUACUGUGGUGGCUCAUGCGAGCAUUGGCAUAGCUACUAAGCACAAGGUGAAGCAUCAGCACUUUGUGGCGGAUGAGAUAAUGGUCAAGGAGAUUAUUGCCCUGGCCCAGGAGCAUAGGUAG